AUGGAAUUCUUUUCAGAGGCUGUGUUUAGUACGUCUAGAUACGGUCAGCCGGUUAUACUUAUAGGUCGUCGGCGUUUCAAUAGGAAAUAUUCGGACACUAGAGGUUAUCGAACUCGAUGGGUGUGUGUCCGCGCUCACAGAGGCUGCCAGGCGAAAUUAGUCACUAUUGCCAAUAAUAUUGUUUCCUGGGCCACUUACACUCUCUCUAGAUAUGGUAAGCCGGUCAUGGAAUUGGACGGUUAUCGAUACAAUCAGAAAGCGAAGAUGAUGGGACCGAAAAAAAGAUGGGUGUGCGUGAAAGCACGCUCGGCGGGAUCUCAGUUCCUAACAUCUCGCACGGGUCGACCUGUCAUACAGAUGGGGCGGUAUCGUUUUAAUCUCUGGAGCGGCAGUCAGGGUAAGACGAGGAUGAGGUGGAUCUGUGUGAAGGUGCACUCCGGCUGCCAGGCGACCCUCAUCACGUGUGAGGACAUCAUCAUUAAACAACGACCACACAACCAUUGA